GUUGUUGGCGGAAAAGCUUCAAGUCUCAAAGGUCUGGACGAAUUGUUUCACUCCGCCGCACACGGACUGAGAUUUAUAUGUUUAACGUUUCACCAGCGGAGCACUGGCUUGUGACUGCGUUGCGCUUUGAUAACAUGCUCUUCUGAGGAACUUCACCACCAACUAAAGCGAUGGAGUUGUCUCCUGUCUGCACCGAAGGCUUCAGCACAGACAUGAAAUCUGAGAGAGCUCUUAGGAAAAGCAAAGUCCCAAGGGAUGUGGAAAAUGACAUUGAGUUCCUCUAUAAAGCGGUUCCUCAGCUGGCCAAGGUUUUCCGCAUCAUAGACAAAAUCGGAGAAGGUACCUUCAGCUCUGUGUACCUGGGCGAGGCUCAGCUGCAGGAUGGAAGGAGAGAGAUGUUUGCUCUGAAGCACCUCAUCCCAACCAGUCAUCCUACACGUAUCGCUGCUGAGCUUCAGUGUCUCACUGUUGCUGGAGGGAGAGAGAAUGUGAUGGGGGUGACGUACUGCUUCAGGAAAGAGGACCACGUGGUGAUUAUAAUGCCCUACAUGGAGCAUAAAGCUAUUGUGGAUGUCAUUGGCUCACUUACCUUUGAAGAGGUCCGUAUGUACAUCUAUCACCUGUUGAAAGCCCUGAAACACAUCCACCAGUUUGGUAUCAUUCACCGAGACAUCAAGCCAAACAAUUUCCUCUACAACAGGAAUAACAAAAUGUAUGCCCUGGUGGACUUCGGCCUGGCCCAGGGUACAGCGGACACCCAGAUUGAGCUGUUGAAGGUGGUGAGGCAGAGGCCAUCGCAAAAAGGUGGUGGGUCCACGGGGAAACUAAACCCCACACUGCGGAGCAAAGCACCACCCAGACUCCAUCCCAAAACCACAACCAUCACCACAGCCUCGACCUCACUACCUCUGCCUACCAGGCAAUCCACGGCCCUGCCGCCUUCCUCCUCUUCCUCCACAACAGCCAUCACCACCACAUCUUCCUCAGCCUCUCGGAAAGCACUCGUUAAAAGAGCACGUUCUGUCACCAUCACCACCACCUCCACAUCUCGCACAAAGCACACAAAGGAUUUGACAGGACUGCGCAAAGUGCCACGGCCUGUGUUUGGAGAGAAGAACCUGAACAGCUGCCCUCCAGCUCCCUCCACCACUAAACAAUCUGCUAUUAAGACCGAACUGGAGAAGCCUGUCAACACCGACGACCCGGGGAGCCGAAGGUUCUCCUCAGCCAGCCGUGUGCCCGCGACUGUCAGGAGCCAGAGUGUCAGUCAGAAACCUCAGAGGACUUUACAGCAGGGCCUCACCUGCAAUUGCUACCUGACCGACCGUGUCUGCAAUAUCUGCAUGUCCAGGAAGCAACAGGUAGCCCCCAGGGCAGGAACCCCGGGCUUCAGAGCACCAGAAGUCCUCACAAAGUGUCCCAACCAAGGCACAGCCAUAGACAUGUGGUCCGCUGGUGUGAUUCUGCUCUCGCUGCUCAGUGGUCGUUACCCGUUCUUCAAAGCCAGCGACGACCUGAUCGCGCUCACUCAGAUCAUGACCAUACGAGGCUCCAGAGAGACCAUACAGGCUGCCAAGUCAUUUGGUAAGGCGGUGGUGUGCAGUCGGGAGCUGCCUCGGCAGGAUCUCCGAACACUGUGUGAGACCCUGAGAGGCCGACGGCCAACGCCUGACGAUGAGGUCACACCGCUCCACGAAGCCAUCACAGACUCCACUCACCAUCAUAAGAUCCAAGAUUAUACGCCCACACAUCGUCCCACUGAGGGAACAUUAAAGCCACAGAAAGAUGGAGUAGGUCAAACACCCUCUUCCAGUCUCCCGAACCCUCCUCAGCUCUCAGGCAGCAGAGAAACCUCGACUCACCUCGCUAAACAGACCCUGGAGACAGAGGACAAGGGGCAGGGCUGGGACAGAGUCCCUGAUGAAGCCUACACCUUGCUGGACCGGCUGCUGGACCUGAACCCUGCCACCAGGAUCACAGCUGCUCAGGCUUUGCAGCACCCACUGUUCAAAGACCUGAGUCUCAUGUCAACAUCAAAGACAUAAAGAAGUACGGAAAACGGCAGCAUUCAAUUAGACGGAAGAGAAGUUCAAAUCCGUGUGUGGAGAAAUUCUCAAACAAAACAAGAUCUCUGGGUAAUCUGAGGAAAAAUAGACCUCUAGUAUCGACUUGAGGCAUUCGUUGUAUUGGCUGUCGAGUAAAUGGAUGAAGUUUUAAAUUGAGAGCAGAUAUUUCAUGUUCUUUUUCUCAAUCUUGUUUUGUGAAGAGGGUCAAUAAGCUGUUUUAUACUUAUGAACCGCUGUAUGAACUGAGGUAUAUGAGAGGCUAUUAUUGUGAAGUUGUUUGAAUUCCAUCUGUAUUUUAUGAAUGUAUGAAUGACAGUCUAGUUUCAGCUGUUUAAAUUAUACCAGUGGACAUUGUACUUUUCUAAUAAAGAAA